AUGUCUCAUACAAAUGAACCAAAUGUGCAAUCAAGCAAUCAGCCCUUGGCUAUUGUUGGAAUGGGCCUGCGAUACCCUGGUGAUGUGAACUCCUCAGAUGAUUUUUGGGAUUUGAUGAUGGAUCGACGAUGUGCCUCUACAAAAUUCCCUUCUGAUCGCCUGGGUGUUGACAAACAUUAUCAUCCCGAUAAUACUCGAAUGGAUAGUCUAGGAGUUGAUGGGGGACACUUCAUCUCCGGGGAUCUGGGAGCCUUUGAUGCACCUUUCUUUUCUCUUCCUGCCGCAGAAGCAGAAGGAAUGGACCCUCAACAGCGAAUUGUCUUAGAGACAGCCUACCAAGCUCUUGAAAAUGCCGGACUCACGUUGGAGCAAGUUGCGGGAAGUCAGACAUGUGUUUUCACGGGCUGCUCGGCCAACGAUUACGCCACAUUCUACUCCAAGGACCCCCAGAGAGGGGGGAAGUAUGCGGCGUACGGUCAAUCAAUGAACAUGGUCGCAAACCGUAUCAGUUGGUUCUAUAAUCUCAAGGGACCUAGUGUCAAUGUCGACACUGCUUGUUCGAGCGGAUUGGUGGCAUUGGACAUGGCUUGCCAGUCAAUAUGGAGUGGCGUGUCCAAAGCGGGACUUGUUGUUGGAGCAAACCUGAUGUUUGCUCGCGAAUUUACAAAUGCUUUAGACAACCUCGGGGUACUCUCCCGUGACAACAGAUGCUUCACCUUUGACGAGCGAGCAAAUGGUUACGGACGCGGAGAAGGCAUAGGAGUUCUCAUAAUCAAGCCGGUGGAGGAUGCCAUUCGCGAUGGCCAUACUAUCCGUGCGGUCAUCCGCGCCACUCGGUCGAACCAGGACGGAUGGACGCCGGGUAUCACGCAUCCAAGCCGUGAGGCCCAACUCGACCUUAUGGAGGAUUGCUAUCGAGAGGCUGGAUUGGAUACCGCUGCCACCAGAUAUUUCGAGGCUCAUGGAACCGGUACUCCGACUGGAGACCCCAUAGAAACUCGAGCAAUCGGCGCGUUAUUCAGGCCUCAUCGGUCAUUGGAAGACCCGCUUUACGUGGGGUCGGUAAAGACCAACAUCGGUCAUCUUGAAGGUGGUAGUGGCAUCGCUGGAAUUAUCAAGGUCGCUCUAUCUCUAGAGAAAGGGAUCAUUCCACCUGUCAGCGAAAACUUCAACUCUCCAAAUCCGGCUAUUGACCUCGACUAUUUGAACCUCAAGGUUGUCACGGAACCAAUUACUUGGGCGCCUGGGCCCCGACGAGCAUCUGUCAACUCAUUUGGAUUCGGUGGUACAAAUUCCCAUGCCAUUUUGGACGAUUCUUAUCACUUUGUUAAGCAGACUGGACUUGACUCAAAUUCUAGCGUCGCCUUUUCAAGCAAUAAUUUAUCUAAUGGAGACUAUAACACCAACGGGGCUCACACCAAUGGGACUCACAAUACUGGAGCCCGUAUUCACACCUUGGCAGAUUUGAGUUCGCUUCCGACCAAUCUUCGCAUCUUGACCUGGUCUUCCGCAGAUGAGGGUGGUAUCACUCGCUUUACAGAGCCGUGGGAACGUUAUUUCAGCAAGGAACGCUUAAAUGCAGGCUCGGAUACAUAUUUGGAUGAUUUGGCUUACACGCUCAACCAACGACGUAGUCGUCUGGCAUGGAUGACAUACGCCCUCGUGGACGACAAAACUAAAUUGGCUGGCAUCCCGAAUGACUGGGCUCCGUCAAUCCGACGUGAAGAAGCCCAUACCAUGGCCUUCGUCUUUUCAGGGCAAGGUGCGCAGUGGCCGGCAAUGGGACGGGAACUUCUGACUCGGUACCCCAUGUACCGCCACAGCCUGAUUGAGGCAGGCAUCUAUCUAAAAAGUCUCGGUUGUGAAUGGGAUCUACUCAGUGAGCUGCAGAAAGAGACAGCCAAGUCAUCGAUUAACGAUCCGAUGCUCGCGCAGCCACUCUUUGGUCAUUCUUCCGGUGAGAUAGCUGCCGCAUAUUGUGUCGGCGCCAUUUCUCGUGAAUUUGCAUGGCGCCUGGCCUAUUUCCGUGGUUUAUGGGCAGCGAAGCUAGCCACUGCAUCCUCCACGAAUGGGACGAUGAUGGCUGUCGCUCUAUCACCCGAGCAAUUUAAACCCUAUUUGAACAAAUUCGAGUCUAUGGAACAGCCACUGCGAGUCUCCGUGGCCUGUAUCAAUGGACCCAAAGGAAUCACUCUUUCUGGAGACCGCAGCCAGAUCAACGAGCUUCACGCAUGGCUGAAGGAAGACGGUGUCUUCGUGCGCAUUUUACCAAUUCCAGUAGCCUAUCACUCAUAUCAGAUGGAGGAGAUUGCAAUCGCCUACAAGGAAAGUGUGGGAGAUGACCAUAAGUUUUUGCCCCGCUGUCGGGAUGAAGGCUCACCGCGUAUGGUCUCUUCUGUCACUGGCGAAUGGUUCCUCGAUGCAUUCCAAAAGCUUUGCACCAAUUCCGCGGUGUCUUCAACGAAAAAACUGGAUGGAUCUCAUCGAAAGCAUCUGGUAGUUGAUACCUUUGUUGAGAUCGGACCUCAUGCUGUGAUGCGAGGCCCGUGUCGCGAUAUGCUACGAGAUGCUGGCCGGAAGAGUGACGUCCGAUAUUUAUCAUUAUUGACGCGAAAUGCAUGUGGAGUACAAACCACUUUGGAAACCAUGGCGUAUUUGCACUGUUUGGGAUAUCCUGUCGAUCUCAGUGCAGUCAAUUAUAUACCUUCAAAGGCUCCCAAGUAUCGACCAAAGGUGCUUACCGAUCUUCCACCAUACUGUUUCAAUCACAGCAAAUCUUAUUGGAGCGAAGGGCCCAUCAGCAAAGGAUUCAGGUUCCGUCGGUUUGGAAGGCACGAGAUGCUAGGAUGGCCUGACGAUGACUGGAAUCCAUUGCUUCCCAACUGGAGCAAUAUCCUUCAGCCUUCAGAUCCGAUUUGGGUAAAGGAUCACCAAAUAAGCAACACAGUUAUCUUACCUGGGGCCAGCAUGCUCAGCAUGGCCAUUGAGGCUGUCAAACAGCUGACGGAUCCUAGUCUUACCCUCACUGGGUUCAAUUUCAAGAAUGUGCAGUUCAUGUCGGCCCUAGUUAUACCUACAGGCAUUCCUAGUGUGGACACCCGGUUCUCCAUGCGGCCACAGCGCGACGAUGAACCAGAAAGCGGUGGGUGGUAUGAGUUCGGUCUGUUUUCUAACAAAGGGUCUUGGACUAAACACAGCAUGGGACUCAUUCAAGCGGUGAUCGACAAAACUGGAAAGAGUGAUGGUGAUGUCCCAGUGGGGCAUGAUGAUAUCCUAGCCCAGUUUCACCAAAUGAGCAAGCGAUCAACCACUCUUCUCGAUCGCGAGAUAUUCUAUGGAAGUCUCCAAUCAGCCAACUUCCAAUUUGGAUCUUCAUUCAAAUGUAUUUUGACCAUGGCGACUGAUCAAGAUAACAGUCUGGUGACUGAGAUUCAAACUUACACGCCACCAAGCCCAGCAAAUUGGAGUGAGGAAUACACUAUCCAUCCAACGACACUAGAUGGGCUUAUGCAAAGCACCCAAGUGUUGCUCUCCCAGGGUGGACAGAAGAGAACUGCACCUGCAGUCCCCACUCGUAUUGACCGUGCGUGGGUAUCGAAUACCGGCCUGUGCAGCCCUACAACCUUAUCUUUCAAAACUUCAACUCAGCUCCAGCAUGCAGGCCGACAAGAAUCUAAAUUUGGUCUGGCAGCAGUCAGCACAAAUGCUGAAAACGUUCUCAUUGCAAUGGAAGGUGUCACUUUUACCGUGAUCGAUUCACAACAGAAUGCUGGCAAUCCCAGCCGCGCCUCUGAAGAGUCAAAAUGUCAUCAAAUUGAGUGGAGGCCUGACUUGGCCCUUUUGAAAGAGGAUGAAAUCGUCGAAUUCUUCAAAAAGAGUAUCCCUGGUACAACGGGGCUGACCUUUGAUCGCAUGAAUUUGGACUUGAUGAUUGGAGGUUUCAUCUCACGUGCUAUCAACGCCAUGGAAAAGACAGGCAAAACUACCUUUGCCCAAGCAGAGGUUCAGUCAUACGUGGAAUGGCUGAAGCAACAAAUUCAGAUAAACAUGGCGGGAGAUUCACCAUUUAGUUCCUCCUACUGGCAAUCACAGAUUCAGGAUGAUACUGAAUUUCAAAGAAUUUGCGACUCUGUCGAAAAUGUCAGUGAGCAGGGACGGCUAUUUGUGGAUGUUGGAAAGGCUCUCCUAAACCACAUACGAAGCGGUUCAAACAAGCCCUGGUCUGACAUCGUGGACCAGGAUCUCCUCCGAGUAUCGUAUGAAGAAGUGGAGCAGUUUGAGAAUUCCCCGGGAAUUUCCCGCUGGAAAUCCUAUCUCGGAGCCUUGGGGCACAAGCACCCCGCUAUGAAGAUACUCGAGAUUGACGGCGGCAUAGUAUCUAUCUCUAAUCAUGUUCUGGAAAGUCUAUCCGUUGAUAGUAGCAAUGCCCGUGUGAUCCCACGUUUUGCUCAAUUUGAUAUCAGCGACAGUGAUGGUGAUCGAUUGGCUGCUCUUGAAGCACGAAUGGGCAAUUGCGGACCACGAGUUUCCUUCAGCAAAUUGAACAUUGAGACUGAUUCAGCCUUAUACGACGCUGAAAAUGCCGGCUACGAUCUGGUUGUUGUGUGUUUGGCAUUCCAUGGCUUUACUUCUAUCGAGAAGUCCUUAAACAAAAUCCGAAGCAUGCUCAAGCCAGAAGGAAAGCUUGCCAUCAUCGAUAUGGUCAACCCGGGGUCAGUCCGCAGUGGAUUUGUUCAUGGCCUGAACGAGAGAUGGUGGAUACACACCGAAUCGUACCGACAGUACGGCAAUCUCAUCGAUGAGAGCCAUUGGGAUGAGGUUCUUCGGCAAUAUGGAUUCUCUGGCUCAGAGCUCGUCUUUUGCGACCACGACGAUACCUCUUCUCAUGAAAUUAGUGUCAUCAUAUCCAGCGCUGUUCAGGAACCUAAAAAUCCUGAGGAUCCUUGUCCCUGUCCCAUCUCACUGCUUCUGGAUCCAGCAGGAGCUUCCCAAAAAGCCCUUGCCGAGAAUCUACACCACCAAUUGGGAAAUAUAGCCAGCAGUGUGGAUGAUUGGCAGAUAAACAAACAGCUCCCGGAAUCCCCUCCCAAAGACCUGGUGUGCAUUGUUCUUCUGGAAUUGGAUGGCUCAAUACUGGCUGAUAUGGACCCUACAAUCUUUCAACGGCUUCAAAAGCUGGCUCUUGUCUGUCACAAGAUAAUUUGGGUCACAUCUGAUGCAGGUAGCGACUCUUCACCUUUCCUUCGAGUUGUGGAUGGACUCUUCCGGGUCCUCAACUCGGAAGAUAGUCGAGGGGUUUUCACCACAUUAUCCCUUGCUGGUCCAGAACUCCAAGCAAAUCUGGUUGCCAAAGUGGUCUGGGCCAUCUCAUCCUCUACAACACCUGAAACAGAAUACAUUGAGCGAGCCGGUGUUUUGCACAUCCCACGUUUCGUUGAAGCUCCCCAUAUCACUGCACCUGUCGCACAACUUCAAGCUUCCCACUGCCAAGAGCGCCAGCAAUGGAAUUCAGGACCACCUUUGAAGCUUGCUCUGAGUGAAUCUGGUAUGCUCGACAGUCUUCACUUUGUUGAAGAUACUGCUCGAAAUUCACCAUUGCCCUCAGAUAAGAUUGAAAUCAAGGUGAAGGCAGUUGGCGCCAACUUCCGCGAUAUUUUAGUCCUCCUUAAGCGGAUGGAUCAGACAAAUAUAGGCUUCGAAUGCGCCGGCGUGGUGACAAGAGUUGGCAAAGAAUGUGUCAAUUUCCAAGUCGGGGACCACGUUGCUGGCUGCGACUUUGAUACAUACAGUAGUUAUGCACGAUUACAUUGCGAUGCCGCUAUUAAAUUACCCAAGGGUAUGUCCUUUGCUGAAGCUGCGGCUAUUCCAACCAAUUUCGUGACCGCCUGGCAUGCAUUUGCGUCGGUCGCUAAUGUGCAACAUGGUGAGACCGUACUUGUUCACUCCGCUGCGGGUGGAACAGGCCAGGCAGCCGUCCAAGUCGCCCAAUACCUUGGGGCCAAUGUCAUUGCUACUGUCGGAAACUCGGAGAAGAAAGCCUUCCUGGUGGAACGUUACGGGAUACCUGAGUCCCAUAUAUUUUCCAGCCGAGAUACAAAAUUUGUCGUUGGAGUCAAGAAAAUAACUAACGGCCGUGGUGUUGAUGUUGUUCUCAACUCGCUGUCUGGAGAAGGCCUCGUUGGUUCAUGGGAGUGUAUUGCCCCUUAUGGUCGAUUUGUUGAAAUGGGGAAGAGAGACAUUUUGGGCCACAGUUCCCUUGAUAUGUAUCACUUUGCGCGAAAUGUGACUUUCAGUGCGAUUGAUUUGGCAAUGAUAACGCACGAAAGGCCUCAUAUGAUUGGCAAUGCGCUGCGAGCCCUGAUGCCACUCUUUUCUUCCGGUAUCCUUCGGGUCUCGACGCCUCAUCGAGUAUAUGGUAUUGGUGAAUUGGAGACGGGACUCAGAACUCUGCAAGGAGGACAGAAUUCUGGCAAAGUUGUGUUUGAGAUGCGCGAUCAUGAUUUCGUCGAUGCCCUCGUUUCCCCGAAACAAAAUCACAGUUUUAAUCCUAACGUAACAUACAUCGUUGCUGGCGGGCUUGGUGGCUUGGGUCGAAAUGUUACCAGAUGGAUGGUAUCGUGUGGAGCCAGGUAUUUGCUUUUGUUGUCUCGAUCUGGGGCACACAGUCAGGGUGCAUUGUCCUUCAUCCGGGAGCUGUCCGCUCGUCAGGUCAAAGUACUAGCACCCGCAUGCGAUAUUACGAACCGUUCAAUGCUUGAAGCCGUCCUUGGGGACGCCUCUUCUGUCCUGCCUCCGAUCAAGGGCUGCAUACAGGCAACAAUGGUUCUUCAGGAUGCUAUGUUUGAAUCAAUGACACACUCUCAAUGGGUGCAGGCUACCGCUCCUAAGAUUUCCGGUACCUGGAAUCUACACCAACUCCUCCCUUCUAGUCUUGAUUUCUUUAUCAUGAUUUCCUCCAUCUCAAGUGUUAUGGGCAAUCGAGGCCAGGCAAAUUACGCUGCUGCAAACAGCUUCAUGGAUUCACUAGCUCAUUACCGAACGGCCCGAGGAGAGCGUGCCACAUCUCUCAACAUGGGCUUUUUCCUCUCCGCUGGUGCUGUUGCCGAAUCAUCCUCUCUGAGAGAGCACUUUGCAUCAAAGCUCCCCUUUGUUCCCGUUACUGAACCGGAGCUUCAUGCUCUGCUGUCAAUAUACUGUGAUACAUCAGCUUCUAGGCCAACCCAGGGGGAUUGUCAAGUCAUACUUGGCUUAACGACCUCUCAAGAAAUGUACAAGCGCAACCCCGAGGGAGCAUACUGGCUUCAGAAGCCUGCCUUUAGGCAGAUUCUGGCGACCGACCAUACGAGCCAGACAGGAGGAGACUCAUCUCAGCAAGGCUCUAGUGGAGCGGGAAGUAGUCUCUCUUCUGCCAAUUCAUUGCAAGCAAUAGCUGUGGUGGUCAUGGAUCUGCUAUCGACUAAACUUUCAAGCUCUUUGGGAAUCAACAAAGAUGAGCUUUCAAGCAAGCAACCAAUGCAUAGUUAUGGGAUUGAUUCUUUGGUUGCAGUGGAGCUUCGAAACUGGUUUUCAAAGGAACUCAAUGUGGACAUCGCAGUCUUUGACAUGCUGGGAGGAGCUACGGUUGCUGCCGUUGUUGACCAGGCAUCUGGGCAGAUCUUUGCCAAGCGGACAGCUUAG